AUGGUUUCAUCAACCUCACCGUCUCCUUUCCACUCCCCUACUCACUCUUCAUACCCGCAAACUACAUCGUCACCACUGCCGAGGAAGAAGAUAAUGUCCGUCACACAGACAUACUUCCUCGCUCACAAGGCACGGGCUAAGCUAUCUAACGAGGCUGCCCGUCCCGACCACAACCUCCGACUACUUGUCGGUCACGCCAACCUACUAGACUCCUUGAUGCUCGACCUUGCCGAAGCCGAGCGGGAACAAGAGAGCUGGUUCAACCAAUCCGUCCGGGGAGCUACACCUAAGGCUGAAGAGAGGCACGUACAAUGGGUCGAUAACGUGACCGCGGAAGACGACUGGGAGGCGGACUCGUCCGAUUCGGACAGCGACAGUGAUGAGGAGGACGAAGAUGUAGAGAUGGCAGAUGCGUUACCGCUACGACGGAUAGCUUCUCACACGGUACUACCACCGGCAUCUCCCCAAUUACCUCUCAUGGAUGAGGAUGAGGACGACUUCGAGGACGAUGACGAAGACUACGACGCCUUAUCCCUUACUCGAUCACAAUCCCACUCUAUAACAUCACCACCCGAGCUCGAGCACGACUCGGACUCAUCAGAGGACGAGGCAAUGCCCCCGUCGCCGCCAACAGCAUCAAUACCUACAUUCUCGGAGAAGCAGAGGGAGAGCACAAUCACAACAAAGUACCUGGACUCGAGACAAGAUGACGAAGAGGACAACAAGAACGACUUUUACAGCGAAGGAUACUACCUGCCGCCGCGAAAUACAGCACGAAUAGUAUCUACGAUAUCGGUGUAUUAG